UGCUCUUUACCUUUUGGUGUUGCUUUCCUUCUUUCCCAAAUUUGUUUUCUUUUUCGAUUUGCAUCCCAUUUCGUAUUUGACCCACCGCUCAUAGCCGCCUCCCUCGAUACUUUCUUUCACCUCCGCCGCUGCCGUCCCGAACCAGAGUUUUCAUCACUUCAACUGACGAGCAAGCUCUUGAAAAGUAAUUUGCUGAUUCAGAAAUAUCCUUGCCGCCACAUCCCACUGUAAUUUCUUCAUGUUCUUCUUGUUUUUUUUUCAUUCCGGCUUACUGUUCCUAGACACGUGAAUAGAAAUAUAUGGAAUAGAACUUGAAGGAUUUGUUUAUACUUAUCUGAUUGUUGCAUAUCUGAAAAUUUGAAAUACUCCGUAUAUAUAAAUGGUUGUUGAUUAAUACUCCUUAACUCGCUUUUGCCCCCUUCUGUCUACGGUCUCUUACUCAUGAUUCUAUAGGUUUGGGAAUUUAUGAUUUGGGGUUUAAAGGGAAUGAAUAUAUGAUGAUAUUAUUGAUUGAAGAUCAUGUUUUAAUUCUCUAGCUUAAGUAUCACCUUGGAUUUGCAGAGUUAUGUGUGGAAAUUUCUUGAUGGAAUUUGAAGUUUUGUGAUUGUAUUAGCAAAAAAGUUUGCCCAAUUUGAAAUGGAGAACCCUAACAGACAGAUGGGUAGUUUGGGGGUGAAUAGGACGGGGAAGAACAUAAAGAAGAGUCCAAUACACCAACCCAAUUUCAGCCACCCAAACACCGGAGGUUCUUCUAGGCCUCAACCCCAGCCCCAAGUCUACAAUAUAAACAAGAAUGAUUUCAGGAGCAUAGUUCAACAGCUGACAGGGUCACCUUUACGUGAACAAAUCCUGCCCCGACCACCCCAAAACUCACCCAAACCACAAAGUACAAGGUUGCAAAAGAUUAAGCCUCCCCCUUUGACGCCCAUAAACCAUCCCCGGAUUCCUGUCCACCCGUCGCCCCCACAUCAAUAUGGGCAACCACCAUUCAUCCCAACUGAUGUUUGGGGAAAUCGGGCAGAGUCUCCCAUUUCAGCUUAUAUGCGGUACCUACAGACUUCAAUUGUAGACCCAGUGGGGCCUACUAGGCAAGGGAACCCAUUGCCAUCUGGAUUGUUUCCUAAUCCUCAUUUACCUCCACCUGGUCUAUCCCCUAGAUACAGUCUUCUGUCCCCACGGAUCACUCCUCUUCCUUUUCCAUCUCCACAGGGACUACCAUUUCUGCCCUCCCCAACUUCUCAGUUCCUUAUGCCUUCCCCUUCAGCGGGGGGUUUCUUCAAUUUGUUGUCCCCCUCCCCGCAGUCACCUUAUCCAUUGCUUUCCCCGCCAGGCAUUCACCAACCCCCGCCAUUGUCACCUAAUUUCUCUUUUUCUUCAGGAGGCCAGACAGGUAUUCUUGGUCCUGGGCCCCAUCCUCCACCCUCUCCUGGUUAUGGGUUUCCGUUGUCCCCUUCUGGAUUCUUCCCCCAUACAAGUCCUAGAUGGAGGGUUUAAUAGGAUUAAGAGCCCACCCAUUUUGGUUGAAGGGCAAACUGAACCUGCUGAAUUUUCUGAAAGGAGAAGUGUUGGGUAAAUCGGAUUUCACUCAAAGGAUACUUUUAUUCAGAAUAUGCUGAUUAAUGUGGCGAAACCGGGUUUAAAGUACUAUUCAGGAGCAUAUGUGGAAUCGGUAGCAGUUGUAGCAGCAGUUGUAACCCACCAGUUUAUUCCGGAUGUAAUUUGUGAGGAUGUAGGAUAGUGGAAUUUAUAGAUGCAUGUGAUCCUCUUUAUAUUCAUUCAGUGAAAUACUAUUGAAUUGUAUUUGUCUUUUAACUUUUUACAUUCCAUAUGUACAUGGAAAGUGUUGUCCUUUAUUUGGCGCAUUUCAUAGUAUUUCAUAAACCAACUGCAAGGCCGAGGGCCCUCUUGUCAAGG